AUGUGCAUGAAGAGCUCUUCCAUUGUGAUGCCACCGAUGGUGAAAGCCAGUGGCUUCGAAGAGAGAAGGGUUGGUGAAUUGGUUGGAGACGAUGGAGGAGAUGAGAGUGUUGUAGAGGAAGACGGAAGGGUUUGGGAUUCAGCGGAAGAUAGUGAGUGUAGGAUAAGCAGACGGUGGAGGAUAAGUGAAGAAGCUUGCUGA